UAGCAGGCUCUUGCCGCCUACUAUUACUUAGUAUAGUUAGUAUUUUUUUUUAAAUCGUGUGUAAUAAUGGCUAAACUACUAUGUAUAUUACUAGCAAUAUGCAUAUCUGGUGUUAUUUCUAAAAAAGCCGAAAAGAAACCAGAAUGGGCUAAGAAAGAUAUAACAGAUUUUACUGAAGCUGACAUGGAAAGAUUGCUAGAUCAAUGGGAAGAAGAUGAAGAGCCGCUCCCUGAAGAUGAAUUGCCAGAACACCUUAGAAAGCCACCGGCAAUAGACAUAACCAAAAUGGAUAUGUCGAAUCCAGAAGCAGUGUUGGAAGCCACUAAGAAAGGGCAGACGGUAAUGAUGUUUGUUACGGUGGCUAAUAACCCCUCAAGAGCGCGUACAGACGAAUUGACCAAAAUAUGGCAAACAGGUCUCUGGAGUAACCAUAUACAGGCAGAGAGGUACCUAAUCGCUGAUGACAGAGCCAUUUUCAUGUUUAAGGAUGGCUCUCAGGCAUGGACGGCUAAGAAAUAUCUCUUGGAACAAGAAGAAUUGAAAGACGUGCAAUUGGAGAGCCAAACAUAUCAGGGCACCAAGGCUGAUGUCAGAAAUACUGCACUGAGGGAUGAAUUAUAAGAUGACUAGGUUUCCAUCAUAAGGGUGCAUUUAUACUGAAUCAACCAUUGACAGACAGACAAAAUUCAGUAGUUGUUGCUGUGCAAACAUGCAUAUACCAAUCUCUGGGUGCAGGGAAUGUGCAAAUAAGACUUUUCUUGCUUAUCAAACUGGAAAACCUCAAUUGCAAGAUUUAACAAACUUCUAAAGACUAGAAGCAUUUGUAAACUUUAUGAAGAGAUGUAUUUACUUUAAAAUAUAUAUGUAGAUAUGUGUAUUAUAUUUGCAUGAAUAUUUCUUUGUGUCAAUAACAUUUAACCUUUUGGAUUGAUAUUUACCCACCAAUAUCAACAAGAGAUUAAAAAAUCCAUUUGCAUGUGUAGUAAUGUCAACCUUUUUGCAUUUAAAUAAGGUUCAAUAUUGUAUUUAUCAUGUGGCAUUUGAGUUAUACUGAAAUAAAUGCAGAGCUCAAAAAGUUAAUCCUUUUCCAGGUUGUACCAAUCUAGAAGGGUUUUCAAACUAAUCGAAAUAUAUUCCAAAUAAUUACGUAUUGGCGAUUCAUUUGAAGACAAAUCACAUUUCCCCAUAAACCAAUCUAAUUUGAAUCGUAAAUUGGAUUGCUAAGGUUGAACUUAAAUUGACACGUGGUUGAUAAAUCGUACUAUGCCUGGAAGAGGGUUAAACACCCACCUUUAAAAUAAGUAAAACUAAAUGUAGAACAAUUAUUGAUCUGUAUAUGAAUGAACUGAGAUUGUUAUUUAAGAAUAAAUAUUAUAUUUUCUA